ACCAGUAACCAGUCCACUGAGGCAACUCUUUGUUUAAGUGAGGAAAAACAGAGACAGUCCUCUCACUUUCACAACUUCUUUUCCUUUCUAUUUAUAAGCAACCAGAAAUUUAAAAAAAAACUCAAAAUUUCGAGAGUUAAUGGCGUUAGCGAAUAACUUAACGGCGAUACUGAACUUAGUAGCGUUACUCUGUUCCAUACCCAUAACGGCGUCAGGAAUAUGGCUCGCCUCAAAGCCCGACAACGAGUGUGUCAAUCUCCUCCGCUGGCCCGUUGUCGUCCUCGGCGUUCUCAUCCUCGUCGUCUCUGCUUGCGGCUUCAUCGGCGCCUACCAGUACAAGGAGACUCUGCUGGCUGUGUACUUGUGCUGUAUGGCCAUACUUAUCGGACUUUUGCUGGUGGUUUUGAUAUUCGCUUUCGUCGUGACCCGACCCGACGGGUCUUUUCAAGUUCCGGGUCGUGGUUAUAAAGAGUACAGGCUCGAAGGGUUCUCGAGUUGGCUGAGAGAGAACGUUGUGGAUUCGAAAAACUGGGGGAAGAUAAGGGCUUGUUUGGCUGAUUCUAAUGUUUGUCCUAAGCUUAGCCAACAGUUCAUCACUGCUGACCAGUUCUUCUCUUCCUCUUCCAUCACUCCUCUUCAGUCCGGAUGCUGCAAACCGCCGACCGUGUGUGGCUACAACUUCGUGAACCCGACACUGUGGCAAAACCCAACCAACAUGGCUGCAGAUGCAGACUGUUACCUAUGGAACAACGGUCAAAGCCAACUUUGUUAUAAUUGCAACUCAUGCAAAGCUGGUCUUUUGGGAAACCUUAGAAAAGAUUGGCGCAAAGCAAAUCUCAUACUUAUCAUCACUGUGGUUGUUCUCAUUUGGGUCUAUGUUAUUGCGUGUAGUGCGUUUAGGAAUGCUCAGACUGAGGAUCUCUUCCGCAAAUACAAACAGGGUUGGGUCUAAAGUGUAUAUAUUUGUUUGUAGUUUGUUGAUAUUGGAGUAUAUUGGAAAAUAACUUGUGAUAUUACUUUGUUUUUGGAAAGGCCUUUUUCUUUUGCAUGGAUUUUGUAUUUAUGUUAUAUAUGUUACAUCGCGUGUGAAGAAAGAAGAUAUGUUUGAACCAAUU